UGAGGGGCGCGGGCGGCGAACGCGCGGGUUUCCCGCUGCCGCGCGCGCGCGCGCGCACACAUACACACACGCUCUCCCAGACGCGCAGCAAAGCUCUGCCCCCCCUCCUCCUCCUCCCGCCCCAUCGGGCACGCACACAAAGGCGAGGAGGCGGGGGGAAUGAAUAUUGAUUGCUGUUAAAAAUAAUAAAGGGGAGGAGGAGAGUGUGAGGGUGCGCGUGUAUGUGUGUGUGUGUGUGUGAGCAAGCGAGCGGCCGGGGGAGGCAAGUGAAUGAAACAAACUGGUGUCGGAGGCGGGAAGGCAGUAGCUGCGCUCCUGGCGAGGAGAGAGAGACAGAGAGACAGACAGACAUCUUUGAGCUUGUUAUUUGGGUGUGAAACUGGGGAUCAAAAGUCUCCCUGCACUGCCUUUCCUCUGAGCUCCAGAUGAAGCGGAGAUUCUACAAACAAGGAAACCUAAGGAGGGAGAGCAGCAGGAGGAGUUGGCAUUCAACUGCAGAGCCUCAAGUCUUCCCAUCCAUAGGUGGACCAGCACCAACAUUUUAAAGGUCUUGAUCUCCCUUUCCUGCCUUUAGAUACAAAGAUAUUUAUGAGCCGCCAUUUCUUACAUUACUGCAGUGAGCCUACUCUGGAUGUGAAGAUUGCCUUUUGUCAGGUGUGUGUUCCUUACAGGUAAAACAAGGGAUUUGGGAAGCAAGUGGAUGUGUCAUAUAUUGCCAAAUACUACAACAUGAGUAAAAGCAAAGUUGACAACCAGUUCUACAGUGUGGAAGUAGGUGACUCGACCUUCACAGUUCUCAAACGCUACCAGAACUUAAAACCAAUCGGCUCUGGAGCUCAGGGAAUAGUUUGUGCUGCGUAUGAUGCUGUACUGGACAGAAAUGUGGCUAUCAAGAAGCUCAGCAGGCCAUUUCAAAAUCAGACACAUGCUAAGCGGGCAUAUAGGGAGCUAGUUCUUAUGAAGUGUGUGAAUCACAAAAAUAUUAUCAGUUUAUUAAAUGUCUUUACACCACAGAAAUCUCUGGAGGAGUUCCAAGAUGUUUAUUUAGUAAUGGAGUUGAUGGAUGCCAAUUUGUGUCAGGUGAUUCAAAUGGAGUUAGAUCAUGAGCGAAUGUCUUACCUGCUCUAUCAGAUGCUGUGUGGUAUCAAGCACCUUCACUCUGCAGGAAUCAUUCACAGGGAUUUAAAACCAAGUAAUAUUGUAGUAAAAUCAGACUGUACGUUGAAGAUCCUGGAUUUUGGACUGGCCAGGACUGCAGGCACUAGCUUCAUGAUGACACCCUACGUGGUCACACGUUAUUACAGAGCACCAGAAGUCAUCCUGGGAAUGGGCUACAAGGAGAAUGUGGAUAUAUGGUCAGUAGGAUGCAUUAUGGGAGAAAUGGUGCGCCAUAAAAUCCUCUUUCCAGGAAGGGACUAUAUUGACCAGUGGAAUAAGGUAAUUGAACAGCUGGGAACUCCCUGUCCAGAAUUCAUGAAGAAACUGCAGCCCACAGUGCGGAACUACGUGGAAAACCGGCCUAAAUACGCUGGCCUAACUUUCCCUAAACUUUUUCCAGACUCUCUUUUUCCAGCUGAUUCAGAACACAACAAACUCAAAGCUAGCCAAGCUAGGGACCUUUUAUCAAAGAUGCUAGUGAUUGACCCAGCCAAACGGAUAUCAGUGGAUGAAGCCUUACAGCAUCCAUACAUCAAUGUCUGGUAUGACCCAGCAGAGGUGGAGGCGCCACCUCCACAGAUCUAUGACAAGCAAUUGGAUGAAAGAGAACACACAAUUGAAGAGUGGAAAGAAUUAAUCUACAAGGAAGUAAUGAAUUCUGAAGAAAAGACUAAAAAUGGUGUAGUGAAAGGACAACCUUCUCCCUCAGGUGCAGCAAUGAACAGCAGCGAAAGCCUCCCUCCCUCCUCAUCUGUCAAUGACAUUUCCUCCAUGUCCACAGACCAGACCCUGGCAUCGGACACCGACAGCAGUUUGGAAGCUUCUGCAGGACCCCUUGGUUGUUGCAGAAAAAAAAGAACACACAAAAGCCCAAAGCCGCUUGUUCAACAUCAAGACUAGAAGAGGAAGACGUGUCCAACUUAAUUUCAAGAUCUUAGCUUUGAACUUGAUAAGUCACAAUAAGUGAUGUGGAUGAACUGACCAAUGUGACGCUUGAAAAGGAAAUGAACAUCAUUGCAUUUUGUUUACUUCUCCAGCCAUUUUACUUUCUACCUUUCAUUGUUUCCUGUGGGUGGUAAGAGGGGGAAUGGAGGGGUCUUGGCCUUGUUCAUCAACUUUUUGUGGAUCAAUGUUGAGUCAAUGCAUUCUAACUUCUAUUUGUUUUGAGUUAUUAAAAGCAGAAGGGAGUCUAUUUUCCCCUUUGUGCCAAAAAAAGAAAAAAAAAGAAAAAAAAU